GCCUUCUUUAUAGAUUGAGCCUGAGCAUUUGAACGUGGUAGUGAAGCGCCAGAAGACUCGUGCAUCAGCGCAGCCGUCUGCAUCGUCUGUCCUUUCAAGCGUCGCUGUGACUCCUGUGAGGACCUCGGCGACCUUCCACACUCUCACUGCUCUGCAUCCGCCAUGGCGUCCGGCGGCGCACACGCGCGGAACCGUCCUCUGAAGGGUCGCAGGAAGUUCAUGGCUGAUCUGAAGGACGCCACAGAUGCAUGCGCGACUGGUUUCGAAGUACACGGCUUGAGGUUACAAACGAUUGAGACUGGCGAAGACGAAGGCUCUAUUCUGUGUGAGGUUGUCAAGUCCGUCGGCGGCCAGCACGUCUUGACGCUGAACAUGGUCGUACCUGAUACGUCCGAGUAUCCGAACGACCACAGCUUCAUAUGCUUUGCUCAGGACCAAAAUGUCCCACCUCCGCUUUUAGAAGUCCUCCAGGACGCGUCGGACCUCGGAUCGCGGUCUAUACAAGAUAUGCUAAGCAAAAUUCUUGCCUCUUUAUCCAAGAAACUGGUCCCCAACGUCGGAUCUUCCUCGCCUGAGGGUGACUUGACCGAUGGAUCAGAUGUCGCAGAUGAUGACUCCGUUGACGAAGGUCAUUUUGAAGACGAUGAUUUCAAUCAAUACGGCCUCGCCGCUAUCAAGGCAGGGAGCGAUUUUGAUGCUAGCGUCUUACAGCAUGAUUUCAGUGGAAUAGUCGCGGUUGGCGGCCGUCCUGGUCUCACUCGGAUCGGCGUCAGCGAGUUGGUACUCUCAGUGUCGGCACCGACCUUCAGGCUGGCGGAGAGCGUUGCUCCUAGAGCGCUGAUGGCCUGGGACCCGCGUCUGUUGUCAAAGUCGCAUCACUUCACCCUCGUGAUCACCGGGAUCCAUGGCAAAUAUCCCGUGCUGUCACCGGAGGGCACGUUGAGCAGUGAUGCACUGGCUAGAGGGACAUCUAAACUGGUGUUCAGAGUCGGCCUGACGCCGAACUACAAGCCUGAUAGAGAGCAAGUGCUCGACCUUGUGCGGACGUUCGGUAUGCAAGAAUCACAGCCUACAGAGGAGAUAACCUCGGAGAUGUACGACGGACAAGAGCCGACUGAGUCGCCUGAUCUUCUGGGCGAGCCGGUGCCCGAAGACGACGAUUCAUUUCACUUCAGUCUAAGUACAUCCCUGGAGGCACUUCUCAAUGAUCGUUUCAUGGAGGUUUUGGCGCUGCGUGCGAAGUACAGCAUUGGCUGGGCGGCGGCAGAAACAAUCGUCAGCAGAGUACAUCGACUGCAGAGAACUGUCGAGAAGGUGCUCGAGGACUUUCCAGAGGAAAUUUUGGCAGCAGAUCACGAGGAGAACAUGCUCACGGAUAGCUAUAGAUUGCCCCUUGACCCAUUGAUCGCGUCAGGGCGCUCUGGGCCCCUAAACCUUCCGCUUAUCGCUUACUGCUACCUCCUGCGUCGCCUCAUCCUCUGCUCGCGUUUCUGCCUGGUCUGUUACGACAAGAUCGAGACCGACUUCCAGGCGCUCAAGCCGUACGUUUGCUCGGACAAGCUCUGCACGUACCAGUUCUACAAUCUCAACCGUGGCCCGUCUCUCGAGUAUGAGAUCUGCUCGCGCCCCGCGACGGUCGACCUGCUUGUCUCGCUCGCGUACGUCGCGGCCGCGGAGAACGCGCUUGAGGACUUCCCGGACGGGAUGCACCUACGCGUGCCUCAAGUAGGCGCGCAUCCCACGCCAGGCGCGCUUGCGGGCAUGCUAUGCGACUUCGACACGCUCUCCGCGGCUGACAAGCGCCGUUGGAUUGUCUGGCUCCUCGAUGCGCUCCCGGCGGUAUCAGACAUGCGCCGGCACCUGCUCAAGAAGACGAAGCGGGGGCGUAUGAAGCAGUGCCUUCAGGACCUCGACCCCGAAGUCCUGCCCGCGGCGUGGUCGGUAUUGCGGUGGUGUGUUGCGUCGUGCACAGCGCACCUGGAGGAGCUCAGGGAAGAGGAAGACCAAGUUACUGGCGGCUUUGACCACCAAUAUCGUCACUUUCGCUUCACCGUCGGUGCGCCUGAUGCCGAGGCCAAGUUUUACAGAGCGCAAGAGCAGGCAAAGCUGCAAGACGCCAAUGCACAGAGGUAUCCGUCGAUAUAUGGCUUCCACGGCUCGCCAGCGAAGAACUGGCAUUCCAUCAUCCGCAACGGCCUUUGGUACAAGGACGUCGCGCACGGGCGUGCCUACGGCGAUGGCGUGUACUUUGCUCUUGAUGGCACGACCUCCAAUGGAUACGCACGGGGAGCCUCGCACGCCUGGAGCAAGUCUGACCUCCACGUGCGCACCUGCGUUGCACUUGCAGAGAUCGUGAACCUCCCCUCGCAAUUCCCCGGUCACACCGGCAUCCUCGUCGUACCGCAGACAGAGUGGAUCGUCUGUCGAUACCUCCUUGUCGGAGGCGUGCCUCUCCAAACCGACACGGACGGGCCGCUCUUGCCGGAGGUACGCCAUGCCCAAGAGGUGCCGCGCGUGGACCUCGACCCGCGCUUCCAGCUGCGGUUCGCGAACAAGGACGUUGGGAUCCCCGAGCCGACGCACAAGCUCGCUCGCCUUCUCCAGCAGCGCAUGCACGAGCACGCCGACGAGGGCUUCGACGAGGGCGACCUCGCGGUGUUGGCAGGCGCGUCUCUCGAUGUGCCUUCGCAUGCGCACGAUAUCGAGGAGAACCAGGCGAACCAGGAGAGGCAAGAGAGCGUGAGCCGCCCCGAGGACGACUGGACGCACGACCCCGCGUGGGUCGCGUCCUGUGUCGAGCACCUCAUGCCUGCACCUGUCGAGGCUAGCCCGAUGGCCGCAUCGGCCGUGCAGCGCGAGAUGGCAGCAAUGCUCAAGGAGCAGGAGCGCGCGCGGUGCCUGCGGGAGCUCGGGUGGUACAUGCCGGAGGACUUCAUCGGCGACAACCUCUUCCAGUGGAUCGUCGAGUUGCACUCGUUCGAGCCUAGUCUGCCUGUCGCGCAAGAUAUGGCUGCCAGGCAGGUCAACUCGCUCGUGUUUGAGAUUCGCUUCCCGCCGAACUUUCCGCACUCGCCUCCGUUCUUCCGUAUCCUCAAGCCACGCUUCUUGCCUUUCAUUCAGGGCGGUGGAGGGCAUGUAACAGGAGGUGGCUCUAUGUGCAUGGACCUCUUGACCGCCGACGGAUGGUCCCCUGCAUACAGCAUAUCUGCGGUUCUGCUGCAGAUCAGACUGGCGAUCUCGAAUCUCGACCCCCGUCCGGCACGGCUUGCAAGCAACUGGGAUCGUCCGUACGAGAUGCGCGAAGCUAUUGAGGGAUAUCGACGUGCAGCUGCUGCACAUGGGUGGAAGGUCCCGGAGACUGUCAACGGACUCAGAUAAAACAUAUAGAACUUUGCGGAUGAUGUGUGUACGAUAGAGGGCUCCUUUGGAUGUACAAUGUAUACAGUGCUUGCAGGUUUCCCUGUGGACGGCGCC